AUGAUGUUCCCUCCUUUUGUGCUAUUUCUAAGUGGCACAAUUGUUUUUGCGUCACCUGGAAAUGGAGUUUCUGCGGGUGAUAUCAAAUUGGAAAUAAAUGAAAUUAAAAACAGGUUGUUGAACAUGUUGCAAUUUGAGAAUGUUGGUGAGAACAAGCCUGAAAAUGUCACCUAUAAAGUAAUUUACGCCAAUACUCAAGUGCCGAAUGAUGUGAUUAAGAAGAUAUCCAAAAUAGUGAAUAGGAACGAGCCAAUUCAUGAUGCUCUAAUUCGUAACUAUUCUGACAACGAUGCUGCGCUAUCAUAUUUCUGGCUUAUGGUAGAGACUUUGUUUGGCGUAGAGGCUUAUAACGGUAGAUACCGAAUCAAGUCUAGUGGAGAAGUUGUUAAUUCACUUGUCGAUUAUGUAAUUCUUGCAGAUAAGAAUUUUUCAUUUCCUCUGUAUAUAAAGGAAGUUAAGGAUGCAGAGAAAAGGAUUAAUGAAUUUAUUAUUUCAUCAUUUGACCAGGGUAUUGCUCCGAAUUUGGACGAGAUAAUUGAUAGAAUUGGUAUAGAAAUAGUACAGCUAUUGACAUUACUCGUAAAUUCUGUUAAUAUGGAAGGAAAGUUUGAAGAAGAUCAAAGAUUACCCAAAUCAUUUCUUUCCAAAAGCUUUCAAUGGCAAUUUGGUAUUCAUGAUAGUGCGGCUGAUUCUAAUAAUGACAAAUUGUUUUCCAAAUUAACCUCUUUUGACAUUUUUGCCUCUGAUCAUCUAUCUAGUCUCAGUUUUAGGCCAAACCACAUGUUUAAAGAAAUAUUGUCAACUGGAUUUACUAGCAAUUUUAGUGGUCCAAGUAAUAUAAUUCAAGGACAGUCGCUAAAUUUCAAGGACGUUUAUGACAUUUUCAACAUGAUUUCCAAUCUAAAAUACAAAAAAAUGUCAUCCAAUAAUAUUAUUCCGUUAAUCAUGCGUAAUAUUUGCCUCAAGUAUAGUGGCAAAUUUGGCAAUUUGCUCUCCGAGUAUUUAGAACUGCCCCAAUCAUCAAUUUCAAUGCUGGUUGGCGAAAUGCACUGUGUUAGGGGAUAUUUAUUCAUCUUCGGUUUUCCAGAUUCUAAAGGUAAAUUAAGUUUUCCCAAUGGUUGGCCUCGCAAUAUCGAUUAUGCACUGGCGGAUAUAUUGUCAGGUCAGGCUUCAGGCUGUGGGUUAUGCUAUGCAUUAAUAGGUUUUCUAUUGGCUAUAGGUUACCCACCUGUCGUAAAUGGAUAUUCAGGCAUAUCAGUGACUAGCACUGGAAGUACUGUACAAGUAUUGCCUCCUCUAUCGAAUUUGAAGAUACCAUUUGAUGCGCCAUACAACUCAUUUGAAUACCCAGAAGAGAAGUCUGGAUUCGAUCAGCCUUUCAUAUCAUUUGUCACAGGCUCUAAAUUGGGCGAUUCCCUAUCUAUGUUGGCCCAUUCUUACUAUCUAAAGACGGGAUUUGGACAUGUUAGCAAUGUAUACAUGGGGUUACCUAAAAGCUCUCACUAUUCUCUCCAUAGACCUGCUGAUGAAUCACCUGUUAAAUGUUUGAGGGCAAUUCCCUAUAUACUAGAGAUCGCUAGAAAUUCAAUUAACGGUUCAAAUGGUGAUAAUUGGUUGCAUCCUGAUAUUAACGAUUCAUAUGCUUCUACUAUGAUUCAAAACGCGCACGAUAUGCACAAUGCAUCGAGAUACUAUGCUGAGUUUAUUAAGUCAAUUGCUUCCGAGGGAAAUCCUGACGGGAUAAGGGCUCUAGGCGAGCUCUAUUACAUGGGUCAUGAUGAUGGUGAAAUAUCCCGUGAUAUAGUCCGGGCACUCAGAAUUUGGGGGGAUGCUGCUGAGUCGGGAGACCCUGUUUCCGCCCUAGCAGUUGCUAGUGUACAUUUGCAAUCCGGAUCUAAUAGUCUCUCCUCCGCCGAGCCGUUCCUUCGCAUGGUUCUUAACGAUCCCAAGUCUACAAAGGAGCAAAUUUAUCUUGCCAAAUUUUACAUGGCAAGAUACGGGCUGGGUAGGGAGAAAAACCCUUAUGAGGCGGGAGAGCAUCUUCUAAAGGCCGGUACGUUUGGAGAUACUAUGACACAAAUGUUGAUAGGCCAUGCAUACGCUGGGAUAUUGGUUGGGGUUAAAAUGCAUGAAGGAACCAAUUUAUACCGUGCUCUUAAACAUUAUAAAUAUGCAGCAAAUGCAGGCAGUGUUGUGGGUAAGUAUAAUUCUGCAAUACUCACAAUUCAAGGAUAUGAUCCAUUGUAUACCACUGCAUACGAGAGAUGCAAUGCAGGAUAUCCUUUGUUUCAUAGUGUCGCAAUGAAAAACACUAGUGUAGCUUCAUUACUACACAUGGCUAAAAGAGCAGAGAUUCUUAACGAUCAAACAGGAGCCCUCUUAUGUUACAUGAUGUUAUCGGAAGUUGGUCAUCCCGUUGGUCAUGUCCGAUCUGCCAAGCUUUGGAAAUAUCGCAAUUACGAUAACAAUUUUUCACAAUCAUUUGUUGCCAAUUUAUCAAUGGCUGUUCUGGGUAAAUUUACUGGGAGUCUAAUUACUAGUAAUGUUCCAUUGUCACAAAAGGAGUACUAUAAGUCAUCAAUAAAAUAUGCAAUAUUGGCGGAUAAUUUUAUUUUCAGCAAGGAUGCAAAUUCCAGUAAGAAGUUGCAUUACCAGCAUUUGCUUAAGUCAGAGUAUUUGUUUUGUUUUGCAAGGCCGGUAUCACAUUAUCAGCAAUUAUCCAAUAAUGAAAAUGUGAAUUUACUUGACUAUGGUAAUGACAAUAAGUGCUUGAGAGGCAGGGAUGGCAAUGAGUUAUGCUUAUUUUACUAUAGUAAACGUGCAGCCGCUAGAAAUGAUCCCGACGCUAUGUCCUAUAUUGCUAACAGUUACCUUACUAGCAAAAAUUGGAUAAAACGUGACUAUUCAACUGCCUUCAAAUGGGCUAGCGAUGCUGCAAAGCUGGGUAAUGGUAUGGGGUUGUACAUAUCGGCCAGAUUAUUAGAAAGAGGAUUUGGUGUAGAUCGCAAUUGUGACAUGGCUAUUAUGUACUAUAAAACGCUUUUUGAAUCACCGCAUCUUGAAUCGAAAAUUGUGGGUUUCAUCAUGAUCUGGAUGACAGUACUGAACCGAUUCAUUUACAAUCUACAGCUCAAAAUAGGGUUUGAAUUUAUACAGUUUUCGUAUAAGCCCUGCAACCCAUAUGUGAUAGAAUUUAAGAUGUCUGAUAAAUUUGCUAAGAUGUUCGCCAUAGUAACAGCCGUAUUUUCAUUCAUUUCAGGGAUAAUCAUCUAUUAUAUCUAA